AUGGCCAGAGAUCUACCUGCAGGAUGGGAGGAGAGGUACGAUCCUCGAAUUGAGCGUCUCGGUCUACCUCCUCCUUACCAACCGGAACCUUCACAAAGUCAACAGUCAGCAUAUGUACCGGACUCCAACUAUGGUCGCGGACCACAAUAUACUCUUCCCCAGCAAAUGGGCUUUGGUCCGACGCAACCUUAUCAACAAACUUCAUACUAUCCUUCCGGUCCACCCCCUCCAAAUUAUGGUGUUCCUCCACCAAACUAUCAGUACCCACCACAAUCGCAAAUGCCAUAUGAAAGUGGCCAGGCGUCUUUUGCAUCACCACAAGAUUCCGGAAAAAAGAAUAAAUUAAAACAAGGAUUGGCCGUGGCGGGGGCUGCAGGUGCAGGGCUAAUAGGCGGAUUUUUUGCCGGUGAGGCGGUGGAAUCAGCAAAAGAACGAUUUGAAGAUUUGCGUGAAUCGGUCCAGGAAUUGGAAUGUGAAAAAGAAUGCGAUUAUGACUCUUAUGACUUUGAUGAUUAG